UAGCGUUCACCAACUCAUUUUCAGUCUAGAAUCUGCAUUGCUCCCCGUCUCUGUGGUGAUAAUCCUCAGUCGUCCUGUAGAGAGGGUCUGUUUGAUUCUCUGCCAUUUCUCUCCUCACCGCCAUUCUUCUCAGAUACAAUCCAUAUGGCUGCUGCUCCUACUCCUGCCAUACCGUCUCACAUGAAAGCCUGGGUCUAUUCUGAAUAUGGUAAAUCUUCUGAUGUUCUCCGCCUUGACCCUAAUUUUCCUUUACCCCACCUCAAGGACGACCAGGUUCUCCUCAAAGUCGCCGCCGCUUCCCUUAAUCCCGUUGAUUACAAGAGAAUGGCUGGCUUUUUCAAGGACACUGACUCUCCUUUACCCUGUGUUCCUGGAUAUGAUGUUGCUGGAGUGGUGGUAAAAGUUGGGAGUGAAGUGAAGAAAUUUAAGGCUGGGGAUGAAGUAUAUGGUGACAUUAAUGAGAAAGCUUUGGAUCACCCAAAGGUGGUUGGAUCUCUGGCCGAGUAUACCGCUGUAGAAGAGAAAGUGUUGGCCCACAAACCUCCAAAUCUGAGCUUUCCUGAGGCUGCUGCCUUUCCUUUAGCCAUGGAGACUGCUUAUGAGGGGCUCGAGCGUGCUGGCUUUUCUGCCGGAAAAUCCAUCCUUGUUCUGGGAGGUGCUGGCGGAGUUGGAACCUUUGUUAUCCAGCUCGCCAAGCAUGUUUAUGGUGCGUCGAAAAUAGCAGCGACUUCUAGCACUGGAAAAUUGGAGUUGUUGAGGAACUUGGGUGCUGAUUUGCGUAUUGACUACACAAAGGACAAAUAUGAGGAUCUACCAGAAAAGUUUGAUGUGGUUUAUGAUACAGUAGGAGAGACUGAACGGGCAUUGAAGGCUAUUAAGGAAGGAGGCAAAGUGGUAACAAUAGUACCUCCCGGAAAUCCACCGGCAAUCAUAUUUAUACUGACUUCAGAUGGGUCUAAUUUAGAAAAGUUAAGACCUCACGUUGAGAAUGGCAAGGUGAAGUCCAUACUGGAUCCUAAGAGUCCGUUUCCAUUUUCCCAGACAAAGGAAGCAUUUGCCUACCUAGAAACCAAUAGAGCCACAGGAAAGGUAGUGGUCUACCCUAUCCCCUGAACUCCGGUCCAUCACUCCCCAGAUUGUGGAAUAUGUUGCCCUUUUGUUCGAGGGAGACGAUGCAAUUCGGUAAUAAAUAUGCUCAUGAUGUAGUUGCUGUGGAUUUUACUCAGCAUCUCUAUAUGUACAUCAUGGCUGAAACAUUGUAUCUGUAUAAGCGGUUUUAUCUUGGUAUGAUACUGUUACGUUAGGUUAAUGCCAUCCGUCAACUGCCUUUAUAUGAUUGCUCGGUGAAUGUGACAUCUUCAAUGGAAUAACUGAAUUUGACAAAGUUAUGCGAUUUUGUCACUGUGCUGGGGUGUGAUUUGCCGAGU